AUGGCAGAUGUACUUGUAGAAUUAGUAAAGAAUGCUACAUUUUCACUCGAUAAAAAUAUAAGAGAUGAUGCUACAACAAGAAUCAAAGAAUUCCUAAAGAGUGAAGGAUCGCUUUUAGCACUCUCUACAUUGAUCGAAUCACAACAGUUGGAUCUCUCAGUGCGUCAGGCAGUGGCCAUUGCUUUUAAGAAUCACGUCAAGCAGCAUUGGGCCAACAGUGACAGCAACGAUGUAACGAUCUCGCGUACUGACAAAGACGCUAUAAAGAAGGGUAUUGUCAAUCUGCUGCUGGGAGUGCCACUCGCCAUCCAAUCACAACUGAUGGAGACACUCGCUUUCAUCGGUGAACUCGAGUUCCCAACUGACUGGCCAACUCUGCUGCCAGAGCUCAUCGAGAAGAUCAAAUCGAACGACUUUAACAUUGUCAAUCCCGUACUGAUGACGGCGAAUGCACUCUUCAAAAAGUAUCGUCAUCAAACCAAAACCAACCAAGUCAUCUUACAACUUCAAUACAUUCUUUCUUUAUUCCCAACUACCUAUUUACAGUUAUUCGGUAGAAUUGGACAACAAAUUAAAGAAUCAGCAAACAAUCCAGUUCAAUUAAAGAUUUUGUUCACAUCGAUGUUGUCUUUGUUAGAGAUAUUCUUAUCGCUCAGCUCUAUCGAUCUACCAGAGUUCUUUGAAGAUAAUCUGGCUGCCUUUACCAUUGAAUUCCAAUUCCUUUUAACUUAUAAUACAACAAUUCCAGAAUUGAUUGAAUCAAAAAAUGGUACGGAACCAUCUUUAUUAAGUCAAAUUCAUACAGUUAUUUGCGAAAUCCUAAAUUUAUAUACACAGCUUUACGAUGAUGAGUUUUCCAAUUAUCUUCAACCAUUCGUUGGAAGUGUUUGGAAUCUAUUGUCAAAUCUUUCGAAACCAACCAAAGAUAAUGAAGAUACAAUGACAAAUGACAGAUUUAUCAAUGCAUCAUUGAAAUUCCUAAGUACAGUAUCGAUGAGUAUUCAAUAUAAAUUGUUCGAAGGGGAGGAAACAUUGAAACAAAUUUGUUCGUGUGUUGUCACACCAAACAUUCAAUUGAAGGAAGCCGAUAUAGAGUUGUUUGAGGACAAUCCAACAGAGUAUAUGCGUCGUGACAUUGAGGGUAGCGACGCAGACACACGUCGUCGUGCAGCCAUCGAGUUGGUCAAGGGUUUGAGAAACUUGGUUCCAGUGGUCGACUUUUUCCGUGAGGAGAUUGCACCCGAACUCCAAAAGCCAGACAACCGUCCAAUCUUGGUGGCCGACUGUCUCAAAUUCAUUAGCAUCUUCCGUAACCAGUUGCCAGUGGAAUACUAUCCAUCACUCUUGACUCUGGUCAUCAGCUGUCUUGCCAAUCCCGACUAUAUCGUACACACCUAUGCGUCUACCUGCAUCGACUAUCUCUUACAGGUCAAAGACAAAGGAGUACCAAGAAUCUCUGCCGACUAUCUCCAAUCGAAUCUACCGGGUAUCUUGUUGCCACUCGUCAAGGUACUCGAAUUCCCAUGCUCGCGUCAAAACGAACGUACCAUGCGUCCAAUCGCAAGAAUCGUUCUCCAAAUGAUUAGCCGUAUCGACAAGAUGACAUCGAUUCAACUUUUAGAGAUUUUCACCAAGAUUGCCAUUACCGACGCCGACAAUCCCAGCAACCACGCCUUUGACCACUAUUGCUUCGAAGUGAUUGGAUCGAUCCUAAAGUCGAUCGCCACCGUCCCAGAGUCGUUCAAGAUCGUUAUGCCACUCGUCCAAUACGUCCUCCAAAAGGAUGUCCAAGAGUUUGCCCCAUACACCUUCCAGCUACUGGCUAUCCUCGUCGAGAAUGCCAGCAUCGAGAGUUUCGCACCGUACCGUGAAAUCUUCCCACCACUCUACCAUCCAAAUCUCUGGAAGCGUAACGCCAAUGUUCCAGCUUUGAUUUUCAGUGUGAUUCUCGCUCGUAUCUCUUCGCACAAGACCGACAAGAUUGUCCGUUGCUUCAUCGUGUUCCUCGGUGUCUUUAUCUACAAGAUCGGUGUUGCUCGCGCCAUUACCAUUUGCAAUACAGUGAAGCCCGGUCUCUGGGAACUGAUCAUUGAGAAACUCUGGAUUGUCACAUGCGACAAAGUGUCUGGUGCCAUCGAGAAGAAGAUCAUCUCUAUCGGUAUGACCCUGAUGCUGUGCAGUCCCGACAUGUUCACCUCGAUGAAGCAAUCGUGGAUCAGCAUUGCCACCCGUCAAUACCAAUUGCUUACCAAUCAACAACCGGCCGCUGCUGCCGCCACCACAUCCAACGAAGAGGAGCAAGCCAACUACAUCGAUACCGAACAACCCGAUGGUUACGUUCCAACAUUCACACAACUCCAAUUCACAAAGAAACAAGACACCGAUCCAAUCCCACAAGUAGAAGAUCCAAUUAUAUACUUUAAAGAAAACUUUACACCAAUUUAUCAAGCUCAUAGAGUUGUUAUAGAUCAACUUUAUCCCAACCUUGGUCAAUUACUAUAA